CACAUUGAUAAAAACUACACUUAAAUCACGCUGGAAGCCUCCCUUUAGUGAUGCGCACCGUUUCGAGUUUGGCCUUCAAGUCAUUCAGUUCGAAUUACGAUUCCAAGCAAUCUCCACCUCUUCUGAGUUAGGGUUCUUCUUCAUCUCCGCUCCACCGCCGCCCCUCUUCUUCUUCAUUGGGAACCCUAACAGUUCCACUAACAAUAGCCGCCACGCUUUUCCACUGUCGGUGUAUCUACGUCUCAGAAACCCUCUGUUCCGCCUCCAUCUUAUUUUUUCUCUCGCCGUCACUCAGUCCCAAUCUCUCCUCCCUUUUCUCUGUUUCAUCAGCUUUCCACCAAGAGAAACCGCAGGCUUCCAUAAAAUCACACAAAACAGCGUGUGAUUUCAACAGAGACGACGAAAACCCCAUUGGGUCUGAGUACACCCUCUGUUGGUUGCCGUCACAUCGUGUAUAUGGAUAUACGUGAGAGAAUUGCGAGGAUAUGACGACUGCGGCCCGACCCACUUGGGCGCCUGCAAAAGGUGGUAAUGAGCAAGGCGGUACUAGAAUAUUUGGUCCAUCCCAAAAGUACUCAUCGAGGGACCUUGCAGCCCAUACAACAUUAAAACCCAGAAAGGAAGGGCAAGACACCCAGGAUGAAUUGCAGAGGAGAAACCUCCGUGACGAGCUUGAAGACCGUGAGCGUAGGCAUUUCUCAUCAAAGGAUAAGUCCUACAUUGAUGAGAGGGAUCGCAGGAGAGGAAGCCAUCUCCUAUUGGAAGGGAGUAAGAGGGACACUGAAGAUCGUAUUGCUCCACGUAGCGUAGAUGCAGAUGAUUCUGAUGUGGAAGUAAAAAGUGACAAUGAAAGUGAUGAAAGUGACGAUGAUGAGGAUGAUGAAGCGGCUUUGAUACUUGAGCUUGAGCAAAUAAGGAAGGAAAGAGCAGAGGAGAAACUACGGAAGGAGCGAGAAGAGCGGGAGGAAGAGCUUAAAGCCAAGGAAGCAGAGCUUCUCCGAGGAAACCCACUGCUCAAUAACCCAACAUCUUUUAACGUGAAAAGAAGAUGGGAUGACGAUGUGGUGUUUAAGAAUCAGGCUCGUGGUGAAACCAAAGCUCCUAAGCGCUUCAUUAAUGACACCAUCAGGAAUGACUUCCACAGGAAAUUCCUGCAGAAGUACAUGAAAUAGUUAUUAUGUAUUAAAUCUUGAGGCUAGAAGUCGAAGUAAUCUUCGAAAGAAACCUCUGGUUUGCAAUGAUUAUAUGUGUAGUAGAAUGUAGUAAAUAGCUAUGCUGGACAUGGAUUUGGUUUUCAUCAGAAUUCGGAACUGAAUUAUGGAAUUUAAUCUCGAUCCUUGCUAGAGUUUGAUCUUUUUGAUUCUUGUCAUUUAUAAGAUAAACGACCAUUGCCAA